CCGCCCCCAUGUGAAAACUGCACCGUACACGUGCAUUUAAAUUUUUUCAAUAUUGCGACUAAAACGUUCGUACUGAUCGUGUAUCCAGGUUUAUUUUGUUUGAUAGGUUAUAUUGAAUAGCCACGACUCAUUGCUAUGGCUCGGCAAAGAAGAAAAAAGAGAAAGUCCAAGCAAGGUGGUACAACUACAGAAUCUGAGAACAGUGAUUUAACCAAAGCACCGCACUCGUUUGUCUUUCAUCGGGGAUUGGUUGGUAGAAAUAUAAAACAAUUGGUUGUUGAUAUGAGAAGAGUUAUGGAACCGUACACUGCUUCAAAUUUAAAGGUCCAUAAAAAGAAUGUUCUAAAAGAUUUUUUAAGUGUUUCUGGUCUGCUUGGUGUUAGCCAUAUCAUAGUAUUUACCAAGACUGAAGCAGGAAUAAAUCUGAAAGUAUCUCGAUUGCCAAGGGGUCCAACGUUGACAUUUAAAGUGAAUUCAUAUUGUCUGAAUAAAGACAUCGUGUCAUCUCUGAAACACCAUAGUAUGUACAGCGGCCAGUUUAAACAACAUCCGUUACUGGUACUUAAUAACUUUGCAAGAGAAGGGCUUCACGUUAAACUAAUGGCUACUAUGUUUCAAAAUAUGUUCCCAUCAAUCAACGUCAAUAGGGUGAAACUGAACAGCAUUAGAAGAUGUGUUCUGUUGAACUUCAAUCCAGAGACCAAUCUGAUUGAUUUCAGACAUUAUUCCAUUAAAGUAGUACCCAUUGGUAUGAGUCGGGGUAUCAAGAAACUAAUUCAGACCAGAAUACCAAAUAUGAGCAGAUACUCUGAUGUCAGUGAAUAUUUACUCAAACAGCUAAAAGAAAAAAGGAGAAAGCUGCAGGAAAAUAAUGUUAAAAGGAAGCAAACAGAGAAAGAAAAACACAAAAUAAAGACCAUUGCCGGGAUGGAGAGAAAAAAGGAAAUGGAAAAUGAUGAAGACAGUGAUGUAGAAGGGCCUACAGCAGAUGUGAGUUCUGAGGAGGAUGUGGCAGAUGAUGCUGAAUGGUUCCGCAGAGAAGUCGGAGAAGAACCAGAUCCAGAUUCCUUCCCGUCUCAAUCUCGUAAACCACCCCCCAAAAGGAAGCUAACUACCGAAAGAAGUGGUGGUCCUUGGAAGAAAGCAAAGAGAGAAGAAAAGCCAACUGCAAAACUGGAAGAUAAAAGAAAAUGGAAAGUUGAAACCAAACAAAAAUCUAAAAGUGGUCCUGUUAAAGUUUUAGGAAAAUUUUCCAAAAAAGUCAACCCCAAAGAUAAAAGACAAUUUCAGAAGGGUAAACAGAGUAAAAAAACAGAUAAGAAAAUGUCUAAUGUUCACAAAAAGAAGCAGUCUCAUGUGAAAAAAUCAUCCCAGUCCCACAAAACAAAGAGGAAAAGAUGAGAAUUUCGGAUUUGAAUGGUUUACAGAUGGGCUGGAGUUGUUAAAUGAAAGUCUGAUUCAAGUUCUCACUCCCAAUUUAAAAGUGUAAAUACUGUAAACACAUCAAUUUUUCACUUGGUUUUAUUUUCGCUUUUUUUUGUUUUUUACUGGGAAGUGAAAUCUGCUAAAUUGAAUUCACAUGAACAUGGUUAAUUGCAAUUGAAGUUUUUUUUCAUUUGAAAAUUUAUGAAUUUAAAACCUCAAAAUACUGAAAUAGUGAAAUAUAAGUGAAAAGAAAUGCUUUUACAGUAUCAUGUUUCGAAAUAUGUCCUUAUCAAGAUGACUGUAGAAUAUUCAAUUUCUAGAAUAUAUUAUAUUGGUAUUUUUUCUCACAAAAUAAUCAUAUUUAAUUUGGGUACAAGGUGUCCGUGUGAUCUUCCACAGCAUUUUCUCAUGGUCAUGCUUUGACCGAUUGUGUUUAAUGACAAUACAAAGUUGUUUAACAUGUGGCUUGAUGGAGUUAAUGCAAAGCUUACUUACAAGAUUGUACCUGAUUGGCUACCCAACCCUUAUCCCUGAAAUCCUGACCAAUCAGAGAGCAGCUUGUUUGUUGACAAUUUUUCUUCAACAUAUGAAAUUCUGCCUUGUACAUAUAUAUGCUUCAACUCAACUGAACUGCGUUGAUGUGCGACAAUUUGAUUUUUAGUUUUAAACAUUUUACUCUUAUUGUUUUCAUUAACAGGGCAUAUUCAGACAUAUACUCUGCAUUUUUAAAAAGGUCAUUAAAACAAACUGAUGUGCCAUUUGGAAAUUCCAAAAAAUUAAAACUUUUAAGUCUGAUAACAAUCUUGAGUUACUUUAAAGACGACAUUACU